AUGCCUAAGAUCACGGAAAUCUUCUUCGACUGCGACAACACCCUGGUCCUCUCGGAAGAGCUGGCCUUCGAGGCUUGCGCCGAUCUGGCCAAUGAGAUCUUGCAGACGCGCAACAUUCCCGACCGAUACACCGGGGAGCAGCUCAUCAAGGACUUUGUCGGCCAGAACUUCCGCGGUAUGAUGAUCUCGCUGCAGGCCAAGUACCACUUCGAGAUGGAAAAGGACGAGCUGGAGGUCUACGUCAAGAAGGAAGAGGACAAGGUCAUCGCCAAGCUGGAGGCCAAGGCUAAGCCGUGCGUCGGUGCCACCGAGGAGCUCGAGAAACUCUUCGAGUCGAAGAAGUACGGGAUGGCCGUGGUUUCUUCCUCGGCUCUGCGCCGCGUGCGCGCCUCCAUCAAGAAGGUUGACCAGGACAAGUUCUUUGACCAUGACAAGGUCUUUAGUGCGGCGACGUCUCUGCCCAAGCCCACGUCCAAGCCGGAUCCCGCCAUUUACUUGCAUGCGCUUGAUGCCGUUAAGAAGACCGCUGCGGAGACUGUCGCCGUCGAGGACAGCAAGUCGGGUGCGCUCUCGGCUAUCCGUGCCGGUAUCCCGGUGAUCGGCUAUGUUGGCAGCUACAACGGCGAGGAAACGCAGACGGAGAUGGGCAAGCGUUUGACCGACCUUGGGGCGCAGGUUAUCAUGACGCACUGGUCCGAGUUCGAGAAGUGCAUGGCGUUCAUCGAGAAUGCGCCGGCUGCCGAGAUCCAGUCUGCCCUUUGA